CACCCACAAUCCCUCGCGCGGUCACAUCAUGGAAGACGAGCAGACGCAAGAGGCGCAGUCCGCAGCUGCACAAAAGCAGAUUUUGUCAAACGGAGACUCUCACCUUCCCAAAAUAGACACGGAUCCCGUUGACGAGACCGGGAAGAAGAAGAAAAAGAAGAAGAAGAAGGGAAAAGCGGGAGCCGUAGGAAACCAUGAAGGCGAAGGAGACUCAGACAUCAGCAAAGUGACAGUUAAACUGGAGCAAAACACUUUAGAAGAGCAAGAGAAAGAUGAUGAGCCAGAAGAAGAUGGCGAAGAAGGAGAUUCAGCUGGAAAGAAGAAGAAAAAGAAGAAGAAAAAGAAAGGAUCCAAAGUUCAAACAGACCCUCCGUCUAUCCCCAUCUGUGAGCUUUACGCCAAUGGAGUUUAUGCCAAGGGUCAGGAAUGUGAAUAUCCACCGACUCAAGACGGACGUACUGCUGCAUGGCGGAUGACCAACGAGGAGAAGAAGUUUUUGGAUCAGGCUAAUGAGGAUAUGUGGAAUGACUUCAGACAGGCAGCUGAGGCCCACCGGCAGGUCAGGAAAUACGUGAAGAGCUGGAUCAAACCGGGCCUGACCAUGACCGAGAUCUGUGAGAAACUAGAGGAUUGCUCCAGGAAGUUGAUCAAAGAAAAUGGUCUGAACGCUGGUUUGGCUUUUCCGACCGGCUGCUCGCUGAACCACUGCGCUGCUCACUACACCCCUAACGCCGGAGACCCCACCGUUCUCCAGUACGAUGACGUCUGCAAGAUCGACUUCGGCACGCACAUCAACGGUCGAAUCAUCGACUGUGCCUUCACUGUGACCUUUAACCCGAAGUACGACAAGCUGCUGGAAGCUGUUAAAGAUGCUACAAACACUGGAAUUAAGUGCGCAGGUAUUGAUGUUCGUUUGUGUGACAUUGGAGAAUCGAUUCAAGAGGUUAUGGAGUCCUACGAAGUGGAACUGGAUGGAAAAACAUAUCAAGUGAAACCGAUACGAAACCUCAAUGGUCACUCUAUCGGACAGUACAGAAUACACGCAGGCAAGACGGUACCCAUAGUGAAAGGAGGUGAAGCCACUAGGAUGGAGGAAGGAGAGGUUUAUGCUAUCGAGACGUUCGGCAGCACUGGGAAAGGCAUGGUGCACGAUGACAUGGAGUGUUCCCAUUACAUGAAAAACUUUGAAGUCGGUCAUGUGCCAAUACGACUCCCCAGAGCCAAGCAUUUGUUGAACGUGGUCAACGAGAACUUCGGGACUCUCGCCUUCUGCCGCCGCUGGUUGGAUCGGCUCGGAGAGAGCAAGUAUUUAAUGGCACUGAAGAACCUCUGCGACCUGGGCAUCAUCGACCCCUACCCGCCUCUGUGCGACACCAAAGGCUGCUACACGGCCCAGUUUGAGCACACCAUCCUGCUGAGACCCACCUGCAAGGAGGUGGUCAGCCGAGGAGACGAUUACUAGGCCUCCACCAAACCCAGUUUUUACAAAUCUCUCCUGUGCUCUCGUAACACACGAGUAUUUUGAUGAGCUGUGCCUUCUCAUUUGUAACAUGCUAGUAUUUGUUUGUAUAAAGGAUGAAUGGAGGUAAAGUUGUAUAACUCUGUGUAUAACCACAGAUGUGUACUCGACCACCCACCUGUAAUGUGCUCUAGAACCAUCUUUCUCAAUCCAGUGCACUUUUCAUUAUUGAUAUGAGCAACCCAGAGAAAUGUGAAUUAAAAAGCACAUUUUCACAUCUGCUGCAUGCACACAAAGCUUUAUUAAACCCUGAGAGAAAUUAGUAAAUGCUUCAGUUUCGGUUUGUAACUUUUGAUUCAGUUGAAGAAUACAAGUAUUGAUAACAUACUCCUUCAAACACAUGCUUUCCUCCAAGAACGGGGCGCUCGUAACUAAAGUGGUGAUGUUGAUCUAUGUAAGCCAUCUGUAUUUUGGCUCUGCUCGAUUUCAAGUAAAGCCUAUUUGAAAUCAAUCACCCUUCUCAGAAUAAAACACGUGUGUGGUUUUAUUUUGAAGUGCAAAUAAAAUUUCUAAGAAACGA